AUGAAACGCACUUUCUGUUUGACCCCUGCCGAUGUUGGUCCUCUCAGGRAACGGACAUCAGCAGGAGAUAACCAGUGCGUUAGUUAUCUAAGCUUAUCUUGGCUUUUAACAAAAUAUAUCUUCUGCUUUUCUUUAGAUGCCCGAAGAAAACUUGCUUUCGUGGAUAAAGACGGCUUUGACAUUUUUGGAAAGAACAGUCUCUUUGCCCCUCUCGUAAAGUGGGAAGAACUUCAAAAUGACGUAAACAGAAUAAAAGAUACAGCAAAAAUAUAUGAAGACACCUUCACGAAAGUUAUGAAUCAAGUAAAUGACGAAGAAAACUUCCAGCAGCUCGACAUUUCUUCAAAACUGAGUGAUACAUCGCCAAGUGAAAAAUCAAUCAAUACAGCGUUUUCACGCAUUAUGGAAUUGUACGAACAGCUAACCCCAACGAGAGUCUACUCCGCCUACAAGACGGGAACAACAGACAAGAAUAAUGUCACAAGCAGAAUGUGCGGCGAGGGUUCCGAAUGUCUGGCACAUGUACUGGCUGGAUGUCCGUCUCUUGCACAGUCCAAGUACCUGGAUAGACACAACGCUGCUUUGAAAGUGUUUUUCUUUGAGAUGCUAAGAGAUCUCAAACUGGCUGAUAAUAGCGACUGUUAUGACCCCGCAGCGUCUCAACAAGUUAAUGCACAGAAACGACGACUUAUUGCAGCUAGAGGCAUAGACGAAAGUGAAAAAAAUGAUGUUUUUACGGCCAUCAAAGAAUCAGAAACACAGAUGGAAAAUACCAUAGUAAAAAUAUCCUCAUCAUUGAAGGAGGCUCAACAAACAGCGGCAAAUAGAUUAUCCAAACAGCAGUUUUUUGCAGUGCUUACGGGUAUUACAGGUUUUCUUUCCGCUAAAGGUCCAUACGACGUCAUUGACAAAGCUGUUGCAAUUGCAAAGUACGAUGGAAACAAAGCUUGUCUUACGUCUCUUGAUUCCGUUAUUGGAAGUGUCAAUAAAUGGCUGACUUUUGGGAAAUACUUGAUUCUGAACGAUUCCAGUCAAUUGGACUUUUACAAAGUGGACGUUAACUCAGUACCUGAUAUGAUGAAGGCCAAACUAGAGAUGAAUAAAGAACAGUUGGCUGCUGACUUGGUAUGCCUGUUGGAGGAGGCUACUAAACCUCGUGACGUUGCUCGUCUUAAAGCGGAAAUUGAGUCCUUUUUCGUUUUGGGCGCAGCUCGCAUCGACAUGAUAGCGAAAAUUAUGGACCUUGACAACACUAUUGGGGGACACAAUUUUGAUAUCCCACUUCUGGAAAAGACCGAGAAAGCAAUUACUGAACUAGGCAAACCAACAGAUGCUUCUAUAACCAAAGAACUUCGGCAAACCUUCCUGGAACAUCUGCUUGGUACUUACAAAGAACUGGAACGGUCGUUUAUGGAAAAUAUCUAUGAGCUCCAGAAAGCCCUUGGUUUCCGUACCCUCUGGAACUUGGAUGAUGUCAUGAGCUCGUUCCAACGCAUCGCCUCAGAAAGUGCGCUGGGCACCGGGCAACUUAAUGGUGCAGUGGAACUCUCUCAAGUAUCUGAACAGUUGGACGAAAUUACAACGAAGGCCACACGCUGUUUCUCUACGCUGAGAUACAGAACUAACGUUCAAAAAUGGAGUUUUGAUAAUGUUACAAACAAACAGAUCUUUGAGGAAAUUAAAACGGGUUCAACGACAUUCAGUAUAGGAGAGGAUCAAAUUUGUAGCACAUGUUACAAUGCUCGGCUUAUAAAAAUGUAUGUUGAGUUCUAUGGCACUGAGGCACAACCUGAAAGUGUUUGGGAUAAGGUGAGACUCAAUGUCCGCCAUCUAAGCAGAGCUUAUUUCCGCGCUGGUGAUGGCAAAAUAAAGCAAUACCUUACGCCAAUAACAAGCUUCAGGGACCUUACGUUUGACCGUUUUAGAAUCAGUGAUGAGGAUGAGUGCCGGGAACGUAAACAAGAUCCUGACAAAAAUGUGAAGCAUUUCUGCGUGGAAGAGGACGAUCCUCGCCUGGAACCAAUGUGCAGUCACUCAUUAAACGGUGGCGCGGUCAAUGGUUUGAUGAUGGGAAAGGACGAAUGUACAAGCCCGUCUGGCUUUUACGAGCUCAAGGUCCCUGUUAACAAAACAUUAUCCUGCUCGGAUACACAGAUGAAAGACAACAAUUGCAAAGAUAUUGAUCUCACAAAGUUCACUAAAAUGAACGUUUGGAUGUAUUACAUUUACUGGUCAAAUAAGUACCCUAAGGAUCCGAAUGACACUGUAUGUAACAUCCAAAAGGAUUCAACUAAGAGGCAUUGAUUGAAAACAUCGAAAAGUUAACGCCAUGAUGUCCGAGAUGAUGAACCGAAACGUCGAUCCCCUUUGUUUGUAAUGAACCUUUUUCAAAAUCAUCUGUGAUAAGAGAUUACAUGAAAAUACCAAAGAAAUCUCACUUUUGCUCAAUGGAAAUUGUGUGGUAUUUCUUUUGUAUUUCCGUGUAACCUUGGCGACAAUUCCAUGCAUGUAACAAAGUUGUAUAAUUACCUAUCACGCGAUACAAAUAAAAAUAGCA